AGGCCAUAUACUAAAGCGUCAUGGGGGCUUGAAAAUAUUAGGGAUUCAAACUCUCAGUUCCCAGCUGAAAUUCCGUGUGGUCGGACAGACCCGCACCGAAUCCAGAAAAAACAACAACAUCUUGGAAACACCGAUUACAAUUGGAUUCAACCGAGAACGAUGUCGCAACUGAUGGAGAUGACCCGCCACGUGACCUCUUGGCUUGGCUGGACACCGACGCCCACAUGCGACGUCGAGGCGGAGGAAGAGCCGAUGCAGGAAUCAUCCGGCAUUAUGACCGUACUGGUUCUCUACCUGGGCAUGGCCGGCAUCUUUGCGGUCCUGAGUCUCUGCACCACGACCAGCGACAACCAAGUGCGGGCUCGGGCCAAGCGGGAACUGGUGGCCAUGGAGCGCCGCCAGUUGCAGCGUCUGGAGCGGCAGGGCAGGACAACUGGCUUAACUCUGCCGCCAAACUGGCCGACCGCCAUGCCAUCGCUGAUCCGCGAAGUGGCUGCUUCAAGGCGUCCAGUCGUUCAGCUGCAAGAGCAAGAGCGAUUGCAGAUGCGUCUGCUCCAGCUGACGGAUCAGAAGGAGCAGGAGUUGCCGGAUUCUCAGGCUUGGCACGAUGCUGUGGAUGUGGAAGAGGAGGAGCAGCAGACCACCAGUUGCCUCGCUCCCAAGAGCCAAAAUUCCACUUUCUUUGACAUUCCCUUGGACUCUGAAUAAAUCCCAUCCACCCGAAGAACUAUUCCAAAUCAUUGCGUAGCGGCAUGAGUUCACAAAUAAACAAGUCCCCACAUAUUAA